ACAGAUAAAUCCAUCUUAUAAUCUUCAUUCACAUAUUUUUGUUCUAGAUAAUCAAAACAAUGGCAAUGCACAAGAGCAGUUCCGGUUCAGCAUUGGGUCCAGGAGGCUUAGACCUAACUCAAGCCUUCUUUAAGUCCGUCAUGAACGCUGCACCUUCUUCUCCCACAAAGCGCCACACCAAAAUCUCCGUUAUUGGUGCCGGAAACGUCGGAAUGGCCAUAGCCCAAACCAUCCUCACUCAGGAUCUCACCGACGAGCUUGUCCUCGUCGAUGCCAUUCCUGAUAAACUCCGCGGCGAGAUGCUCGAUCUCCAGCACGCCGCCGCCUUCCUACCCCGCACCAGAAUUCAGGCCUCAACCGACUACUCCAUCACUGCAGGUUCCGACCUCUGCAUUGUCACCGCCGGUGCCCGCCAAAUCCACGGCGAGUCCAGGCUGAACCUCCUACAAAGGAACGUCACCCUCUUUCAGAAAAUCAUACCCCCUUUGGUUCGUUACUCUCCCGACACCAUUCUCCUUAUCGUUUCAAAUCCCGUGGACGUGCUCACUUACGUGGCAUGGAAACUCUCUGGUUUCCCUUCGAAUCGUGUCAUCGGGUCCGGCACUAACUUGGACUCCUCACGCUUUCGUUUCCUCAUCGCCGAUCAUCUUGAUGUUAACGCUCAAGAUGUCCAGGCUUUUAUAGUGGGAGAACACGGUGACAGCUCAGUGGCUUUGUGGUCUAGCAUUAGUGUCGGGGGUGUUCCAGUGCUGAGCUUUUUGGAGAAACAGGAAAUUACGUACGAGAAGGAAAUGUUGGAGAGCAUACACAGAGAAGUUACAGAGAGUGCUUACGAGGUUAUAAGUCUGAAAGGGUACACUUCUUGGGCGAUAGGAUACUCCGUGGCAAACUUGGCACGAAGCAUUCUUAGGGACCAAAGGAGGGUCCACCCUGUGUCGGUUCUUGCAAAGGGUUUCUAUGAUAUCGAUGGGGAAGUUUUUCUUAAGUUGCCGGCGCAACUUGGAAGAGGAGGGAUAUUGGGUGUCACCAAUGUUCAUUUCACUCAAGAAGAGAAACACAGGCUUAUGAAUUCAGCCACCACAAUCCUCCAAGUUCAGAAUCACUUGACUAUUUGAUCAUUUCUUAGAUACUCUCUUUUGUCCUUUUUCCCAAGUUUUUCAAAAAUCUCUAUUCAAGAAGAAAUAGAUUAUA